UAAAAGUUUAAGAAAAUACAACAAUAAUAGGAAACAUCAACUGACUGUUCACAAUGGAGCGCAAAUUUGUAAAUGUUAUUCUGCUUGGGUUCGGGUUUAUGUUUGUUUUCACUGCAUUUCAAACCAUGGGAAAUAUUGAGAAAACCAUUUUGGACAGCAUAUCGCAUGAUGACAGUUCAUUCACUGGCGAUGGUUAUACUUCCCUGGCCAUCAUUUACGCAACUCUCGCUAUAUGUAAUUGGAUGGCGCCUUCCAUCAUCGCCCUUACUGGUCCCAGAGGUGCGAUGCUGAUUGGAGCAUUGACAUAUUUGUUCUUUAUCGUUACAUUCCUGUUUCCUCGGACGUGGCUUCUGUACGUAGCGAGCGUGCUAAUAGGCGCAGGCGCUGCCGCGAUAUGGACCGGUCAAGGCAACUACCUUACUAUCAACAGUGAUGCCGACACGAUAUCAAGGAAUUCUGGUGUGUUCUGGGCGAUGUUGCAGUGCAGCAUGUUCUUUGGUAAUCUAUUCGUAUUUAUCAAAUUUCAAGGCAAAACACAUAUAGAUUUGGAAACUCGUAACGUUGUUUUUGGAGUUUUGACGGCGAUAUGCGCUAUCGGCAUCGUUUUUCUUAUAUUGUUACGGCCCGUCCGCCGCACGCCCAAUUUCGAUGACGUCAAGACGAACGCACCUAACACAGAAACGGAAACACCCUUAGAAGCUUUUAAAGGCGCCAUAAAAUUGUUCUGUACAAGGGACAUGAUCUUAUUGAGUAUUACAUUUAUUUAUACGGGUGUCGAAUUGUCCUUCUUCAGUGGGGUGUACAGUUCAAGUAUUGGUUUCACGCUCGCUAUGGGCGAGAAUGCGAAGCAGCUUGUUGGUUUAUCUGGAGUGUUUAUUGGUGUGGGAGAAGUGCUUGGUGGGGCCCUAUUCGGUAUUCUUGGCAGCAAGACAACAAGAUGGGGUCGCGACCCUAUAGUAAUCAUGGGCUAUGUGAUUCACCUAGUUAGUUUCUUCCUGAUCUUCAUCAAUUUACCAUCGGAGGCGCCGUUCGGAGACACCGAGAACACAUCGUACAUUACCCCAUCACCGUACCUGGCGAUGUGCUGUAGUUUUCUACUGGGCUUCGGAGAUGCUUGCUUUAACACGCAGAUCUACUCUAUACUCGGCGGCAAUUAUUCGGACAACAGUACAUCUGCGUUUGCGCUGUUCAAAUUCACGCAGUCAUUGGCAGCAGCCGCUUGCUUCUUCUACUCAUCUCGCGCUCUGCUGUCAGUGCAGCUGAGUAUACUGGGUGUGUUGGCAACUCUGGGUACCGCGACGUUCUGCAAGGUAGAGUGGGCGGGCAAAGCUCGUGCCCGGGCCGCUGCCCUGGAAGCGAUCGACGAAAAGGCAGCCCCAGUCACCCACGCACUGGCAGACAAUGCCUUGCACUAUGACUGAGUCUUGUAUAACUGUGUGAAGGAUUAUAUAUAGACUGCUGUAUAUUUGGAGUGAAUGAACUUAAACAAUUGUCUCCAUUCCAUUUAUUUAAAUUAAGUGAAGUCACCGUUAUUUUUUAUUGAACUACUUAUGAUAAAUAUAUCUUAUUUUAUAUAUAUGUUUUAAUAAGAUAAAUAAGUAUUAAAAGAGGUAAUAUAUUUUUGAAAGAAAUAAUUGGAACAGUACUAUGGUAAAAGGCUGAUAUAUGUAUAUCCAUAUAUAAGUUAUAUUUAAAAAAUAUAUAGUUGUAGCGAUGAUUAUAAGUUUCAAUUGGAUAUAUACCAAAAAGAGAAAUGUCGCAUUUUUUGCAGAACCAUUUUUGCAUAUCAACAUUCCAAACGUACCUACCUAUUUUGUAGUUGGUAUAAUUUUAUUCUUUAUGAAUUGAUGUAAUGGAUAUAAAGAUCGUUUUUUUUUUAAUACAACGCCAAAAUCAAUAUAUAAAUUUUGUCAACAUGUAUCGAUAUUAUGGGAUAAGAUUGAAGGGCCCCGAAUUUUUUUUUUUGUUUUGGCUUUAUUUCUUAUUAAAGACUUUGUCCAAUUUACGCUGUUCUACUAUUUAAUGUAAGUAAUUGUCAAUUAAAUACCGAAAUAAUCAAUAACUUAUUUCUUAUAUUCACCUAUUGUGAUAUUAUAUAUCAUACUUUUGUUUUGAUAAUGUCAAUUUUAUUAAUGUGAAAUCGAUGUUUCGACCAUAUGUGCGCUUCUUUAAUUGGCGUAAAUGCAAGACGCAAGUCCUAUAUAUCAAUUAAAAUUAUUGUCUGUGUUUACAUAGUUGUAAUACCUUCUAUAAUAAAUAAAAAAAUGUAUUAUGCAGGUGAAAUCGAAAUCAUUAACAUCUAUUGUAAAUGAGUGUUUUAUCAGUAGAACUGUAUAUUUCAUCAAAAAAAAAGACCCGUCGAAAUUGACAAACAAUUUUGGGCUUCUUAUACUAACGCGGCACGUCCUGCUGUUAAGUUAGUAUGGGAGGUUCGUUUUUGAAUUUUUAUUUAAGAAUUUUCUGUCUUAACAUUUUCUAUACCAUGGAUAUGGUAUAAUAUACUACCUACUUAAUUUUUUACUUGCCUCAUGGUCGACUGGUAGAGAACGCUAUUGGGUGUUAAGUCCGCCAUAUGUACACCCAUAUGAUUGUGCAUUAAAGUUUAAAUAAAUUAUAUAAUUUCUCACAUCUUAAAAAGUCUUUAAUAUAAUAUUGUUCUUUAUCUAUAUAAUUAUAACAUCGAAAUGUUACUAAAGGUAGUACAGGGUUUGUUAUUUUUAUUUUUUUAUUAACUUAUUUUAGUCCACAAUUUAUUUAAACUGGAAAUAUUUGUCUUUAUUCAUUAUUACGUAUGAAAGCCAUGAAAAUGACUGUCCAUUAAUAUUAAGUGGAAAGAAUUGUGUAUUAAGCAAAUUAUAUGUAAAUUUACGAGAAAUAUAUGUAGUCAAAUCAGCUUUGUACAUAAUUAUUGUCAGUAUAUAAUUGAGGUGCUCUCAGAUAUAGUAAAUUAGUAAUUAAUGAAAUCACGUGUAAAUAUAACUGAUGUAAAAAAUUAAGAGUAAAAUGUUUGGUUAAAUCUAGUCACAAAUUUAGAGCACAAAAUCUAAUUUUCAACAUUUUUUAUUCAUGUUACUUAUUUAGAUACAUUCCACUUCUAUUUAGUUUAAUUAAUUUACGUCUUUAUUAUACGUUGCUAUUUAGUUUUAUAUAAUUUUUAGCGUUUACAAUCUUCAGAGAUUCAAUUAUAGAAGUGCCGACGUAAAUUUGUGUCUUUCUGUUUUUGUUUCGCGUUACUCCUGCCUCUCUUUAGUUUUGAAUAGUUUCUUAAACUUUAUAUAAACUUUGUUUCGAUUUGUUAAUAUAUGUAGAAAGAAAAUUAUUUGAUAAUUGAACGAUUAACAUGAUUUGUUAUAAAAAAAUGCAAUUUUUAGACGGUUCGUUCUAAUAUAUAAAAAGAUAGAGUUUCAGAAGUACUUUUAUCAUCAGUUGAUACAGUCUAUCAAUUUCUUAAUGAGCUGUAAAUUUUCCACAAAUAUAAGUGUUAAUGAUAAAUCAUGAUAGUGACUUUAGAAUCGACUAUUAACACAAUUAUGUUGGCAUAUCCAGGUACGUAUUAACUCAGAGCGUGCAAGAUACUUGACCGCAAUGUCCUAGGUGUCGAAAUCUGGCUGUCACUAAUCUUUUAAUUUUUUAUACUUAACAUUUUUUUUUACAAAACCUGCAACUUCCCAACACUUGGGUUUAUAAAUAUAUACACUUUUAGUUGGCGUACCAAAUUUUAAGUUACAUUAAAUAAUCUGUGAAUUUUUGGUAUAUUAGUUUUUACUUGAUACCGCAAUAAACAUAUAUACAGAGUUUCUAAGGCAAAGUUUCUAAAAAUUAUUGUUUUGGUUUCUAUUGUUCUUAUUAAGACCAUAUAGUUUUUUUAAAUAUCUUGCUAUGUACAGACAUUGUGUAAUUACAAUUUUAUGGUAUUAGUAAAAUUACUGGCACAAAUUAAAAUAGUUAUUAUAUUGUCUGAUUCCUAUUUGUUAAUUAUGACCAGUAUAAUAAAAAAUGUAGUGAACGAAAUAUUUCAUUGUAAAGACAAACUUGGAAUAUCGUAAAUUAAAGACAGCUGUGGGUAGUAUGUGUAACCACAUAUUUUAAUGUCAUUUACAGGCAAGAUAAGAAAUUAAUAUUUUAUUUUAUAGACUAUUUUUUAUACAUGUAAUAUUCUAUACUUUUAUGUUGACAUUAAGGUUAUAAUGAUAUAAUUAACUUUAGAAAAUAAAGUUUAUUUUAACAAUUA